AUGGAGAUACGCAACCGACCGGAUGAAUGGAAAAUCGAACAAGGCUUGUCUGGGGCUAAGCUGCCGUUUCUGGAUCAGACGGGCCCUGAACCAGUGUUUAUCCAGCCCAGAGCAUGGCCGGAGUUGACCAAGGACCAAGCAGCCAUCGAUGCUGUAGGUAACCGUGAUGAGCUGUUUACUCGCGAACUCGAAGGAUGGAAAGGAUACGUGGAAUGGGAGAAAUACCCAGAGAAGAAGGAAAAGGCGCACAAGAUCCUGACCUCCCAGGUCUUUCCGCCAAAUCCGGAGUUUCAAAUGGGACCUAUUCCAGACACGAACCCCGUACUCCCAGGCAUACACUGGAAAAUGUGGCACCACGCAGUCGGCGGUGAGCUUACUGAUGUCCCUGAAGACUCUUGGAGCACUGUCCUUCGCGAAAAGCACCCGGAGAUGCUUCAUCUGCUGCAGUUCCCCUACAAUGGAGAACCUCCCAAGAGGCUGGUGACCGACAAAGCGGUGACGCCGAAUUCGCUUCACUUUGUGCGAAACCACGGCGGCAUUCCACUCAUCGACAAAGACAAAUGGAGGCUGGAUUUGGACGGGUUAGUCAAGAAUCCGCGAACGUUCACCUUUGACGACAUCACGGACGAGUCGAAAUUUCCUCGUAUCGAAAAGUUUGUCACGAUGCAGUGCUCGGGGAUCCGACGAAUUGAGCAAAUCUCCCUCUAUGCAGGCCAGGGAGAUGAGGUCCCUCAGGCUCCAUGGGCCGAGGGGGCCAUAGGUACAGCGAAAUAUCUCGGGAUCAACCUGAAGGAUGUCAUAGAAGCCUGUGGGGGUCUCAUCAAACCAGCAAAACAUCUCGAGCUCUACGGUGCCGAGACCUACUUUAAGGACAACGAAGGCUAG